UAAUAAUUUUACUAUAAUUAGAAAGGGACUAGUUAGUUAGUUUCUUACCAUUUAGAAAAAAAAAAUUUGUUUAAUUCUUUGUGAAGACAAGAAUCCUUGUAUCCGGAUAUAAAUAAAUAGAGUGGAGAGGCUGCCAUGCAAAUGUAACGGCAGAUUUAGAGACGUUCUCUUUCAUAGAGAGAGAGAGAGAAAGAAAGGUUUUGAUUUUCUGAAUUCUCUGGCGGAUUCUUUCUCUCUUUCUCUCUUAAUCCCUCCAAAACGAUAAUCUAGCUUUGGAAAAAAAAAAAUUGGAAGUAGAGAUGAUGAAGCUUUUGGAUCUGUUCAUAACUUCAUCGAAACCAGUUGUGGAGAUUCUGUUGAUAACAUCAGUUGGAUUUUACAUGGCUCUAGAUGGAGUCAAUCUUCUUGGUCAAGAUGCUCGCAAGUAUUUGAACAGCAUUGUCUUCUAUGUGUUUAGUCCUUCGCUUAUUGGAAGCCGUUUAGCUGAUAGUGUUACAUAUGAAAGCUUAGUGAAAAUGUGGUUCAUGCCGGUUAAUGUUCUGUUCACAUUCAUCAUUGGUUCGUUAUUAGGCUGGAUUGUUAUUGUCAUCACUAAACCUCCUUCGAAUCUUCGUGGUCUCAUUCUUGGUUGCUGUGCUGCUGGGAAUUUGGGGAAUAUGCCUUUGAUCAUAAUCCCAGCCGUUUGUAAAGAAAAAGGAGGUCCCUUUGGAGAUCCUGAGAGUUGCCAGAAAUAUGGAAUGGGUUAUGCUGCACUCUCCAUGGCUAUGGGAUCAGUUUACAUAUGGACUUACGUAUACAAUCUUAUGCGGGUGCUAUCAAACUCUCCCAUUGAAACCCAACCUUCUAUUGAAUCCAACUACGACAGCUGCAAAGUCCCACUGAUUUCUUCCAAACAAGAAGAAGACAACCAUAAGGUUGGGAGGUGGGAAAAAGUCAAGCGGAGAUGGGUUUCACUGUCUGAGAAAGUCAAUUUGCGGACAAUAUUUGCUCCUUCAACUAUUGCUGCGAUAAUCGCGCUUGUGGUCGGGCUCGUUACUCCUUUUAGGAAGCUUAUAAUUGGCAACGUAGCUCCUCUCCGGGUGCUUCAAGACUCUGUUACUCUAGUGGGAGAUGGGGCCAUUCCUGCUACGACACUGAUAAUUGGAGGGAACCUACUCAAAGGUAUGAGGAGCUCAGGAAUGAAAAAAUCCAGUAUCAUUGGCGUCUUGGUUGCACGUUACAUUUUCCUGCCUAUAAGUGGUGUUUUACUCGUAAGAGGAGCCUAUAAGUUGGAUCUUAUUACCUCAGAGCCCUUGUACCAGUUCGUUCUUCUUAUUCAGUAUGUUGUCCCACCAGCAAUGAGUCUAGGUACAAUAACUCAGUUAUUUGGAGCCGGGGAAAAUGAAUGCUCAGUGAUUUUGCUCUGGACUUAUGCUUUGGCUUCGAUUUCACUCACUGUCUGGCCCACAUUCUUCAUGUGGCUUGUGGCUUAAAUCCCCACACUCAGAAUGUUUGUUACAUGUAUUAUUGUUUUGUUCCAUUUAUUCAAGAAUUGUCUCCCUGGACUUCCAGGUGAUUGGAUCAUCA